AUGCUACAAAGUGGCGCAAACGACGCGUUGAAAGUAUUGAGUAGCUGGACAAAGUCUGCCAAGUUGGCGUUCAACGCCAGGAAUACAGAGGCCCUUUUCUUCGGGAAGAAAACUAAUCAGCGGAAGCCACUUUUCAAAUUAGCUGGAAAAAACAUUCGCUGCUCUGACCACAGCAAGUACCUAGGCGUCACCAUCAAUAGCAAGUUGAACUUCGCGGAACACGUUAAACAAUCCGCGGCGACCGCCAAACUCCUAAGCACCAGAUUCGGUGCGCUUGGAAUAAAAGGAUGGGGAUUCGGCCGCAGGCAUUUGGCAGGAUCGGUGCCGGACGAGAGAAAGGCAGAGAUAUGCGCCUUGAGGGCCGCCAAGGCCUACAGAACUGUGCCCACGGAAGCGGCGCUGGUAUUAGCCGGACUACUUCCGAUGGACAUCCGGAUGGUGGAGAUCGCGCAGCGUCGACGGUCUAGGACACUAGGCGAGGAGGAGUCCAUUGGGAUUUCGGGUCACAUCAUCAGAAAGAUUGAGAUCGAGUCGACAAUAAUCAAAAUCCACCCAUAG